AUGGCCUUCUCGUGCUCAACCUAUACUACAACGCGCGCACUCACCUAUUCUUACAUUCAUAUCCCGCCCCAGCUCCCAAACACUCAAUACUUUCUCUUCCUACAUGGCUUCCCCUCUACCUCGCAUCACUGGCGCCAUCAGAUUUCCUUCUUCAAGGCAAAAGGCUAUGGCAUCAUAGCACCAGACUUACUUGGCUUCGGGGAGACGUCAAGACCGACUGGGUUAGAGAUGUACAAGGGUGAGGAUAUGGCAAGGGAUAUUGUUGAAAUCUUGAUGUCAGAGGGCGUUGGAAUGAUGGUGGGCGUGGCACAUGACUGGGGGUGCUUCCUUUUGUCACGACUAGCAAAUUAUCAUCCUGAGCGCUUUUCGGCCUAUGCGUACAUCGACCACGGAUACAUGGCCCCUGGCCGUAGCCUCACUACCGCGGCGUCCGAAUCGGUAGAGUCCCUCUACUUUACUACCGACGAAGAGAUCAACAAGAAAUACAAGGGCGCUCUGGGCGGUUUACGCUCUUGGUUGACCGAGGGCAAGACUACCAAGUUGCCAGCCCAUUUGACAUCAGAGGAUCGCAAACAUUAUGAACACGCUUUCUCCAAGGAGAAAGGUGGCUAUGGCCCUGCGAUAAACUGGUAUAGGGCUUCUCUGCGUAACAUUAACGAAGAAGAUGAACGAAAAAUCACAACGGCUGCCCACGUCCUAACGCACCCAACCCUAUUAAUCGCGUCUACGAACGUCAUUACUGCCACAAUGAAUAUCCCAGAGCAGAUGCUCCCUUUCGUGCUCGAUCUCAUAGUUGAGCAAGUUGCUGGUGGACAUUGGCUGCAGUUAGAGAAGCCAGAUGAAGUGAAUGAAAUUCUGGAUAAGUUUGUAGCAAGGUUGGAAACCGAUUAA